UUUAGUUUUUUCUUUUUGGUGUUUUAGUUUUUUUCUGUGCACUGCAGUGUGUGUGACUGACGAACUCCACAGCCAGAGAAAGAGUACGGACUUCGGACUGAAGUUUUUACCUUUAUAAUUCGGCGGCAAUCAAUCAUACUAUAGUCUCUCUCAGAGUUGUGUUAAUCGCAUAAUUUGAGAUACCCACAUCGGACUUAAUGCAAACUCCCGAUAUUAUCUGAUUUUCGGUUGAAGAACACCGGGAUUUUUUUUCCUCUGGAGCAGUUGGCGAACCUUGAUAAUGGCAGAUCUCAAAGAGCGGCUACUCCCACCAAAACCUGCAUCAGCUUUUAACCUAAAAGAGGUUGCCAAUAGACCAUCUGCCUCGGGAAGGCAACCUUUUCAGGGAGUGGAUGUUCUGGGGCUAAAGAAGCGAGGCCAAGGUCUCCGAUCUUGGAUUCGUGUUGACACAUCUGGAAACUCCCAAGCCAUUGAGGUAGACAAGUUUACUAUGAUGCGGCGUUGUGAUCUACCAGCACGUGAUCUUCGCCUACUUGAUCCUCUGUUUGUGUAUCCAUCAACAAUCCUUGGUAGGGAAAAGGCUAUUGUUGUUAAUCUAGAGCAGAUACGGUGUAUUAUUACAGCAGAUGAGGUUCUUCUCUUGAAUUCCCUUGAUAGCUAUGUAUUGCACUAUGUGAUGGAGCUACAGCGACGAUUGACAACAACUGGGGUAGGCGAGGUCUGGCAGUCAGAUGGUCCUGACAUGAACCGAAGGAGAGGAAGUAGAAAUUUUGAAAAUGUCUAUAGCAACACUUCCCCUGAUUAUUUACCUUUUGAGUUCAGGGCUCUUGAAGUUGCCUUGGAGGCAGCAUGCACAUUUCUUGACUCCCAGGCAGCAGAGUUAGAAAUUGAGGCUUAUCCGUUGUUGGAUGAACUGACAUCAAAGAUCAGUACUCUAAAUUUGGAACGUGUUCGCCGGUUGAAAAGCAGACUUGUUGCCCUGACUAGGAGGGUUCAGAAGGUUAGAGAUGAAAUAGAGCAGCUUAUGGAUGAUGAUGGUGAUAUGGCUGAAAUGUAUCUUACUGAGAAGAAAAGGCGGAUGGAGUUGUCAUUCUAUGGAGAUCAGUCUAUGAUUGGAUAUAGAUCAGUUGAUGGUGCAUCCAUUUCUGCUCCAGUCUCUCCGGUUUCGUCACCUCCUGAUUCUCGGAAGCUUGAAAAGAGCUUGAGCAUUGCUAGAAGUCGACAUGAGAGCUCAAAGAGUAGUGAAAGCACUACAGAAAGUAUAGAAGAGCUGGAGAUGUUGCUAGAAGCAUACUUUGUUGUCAUCGAUAGCACUCUAAACAAGUUGACAUCGUUGAAAGAGUAUAUUGAUGAUACAGAAGAUUUCAUUAACAUUCAACUGGAUAAUGUGCGGAAUCAGCUUAUCCAGUUUGAGCUUUUACUCACAACUGCAACAUUUGUCGUUGCCAUCUUUGGUGUGGUAGCAGGAAUAUUCGGGAUGAAUUUUGAAAUUCCAUUAUUUGAUAACCCCUCUGCAUUCCAGUGGGUCCUUAUAAUAACAGGAGUAUGUGGAGGCUUCAUAUUUUGUGCAUUUGUUUGGUUCUUCAAGUACAGAAGACUCAUGCCCCUAUAGUAAAGUUAGACCAUCGUCAAGAGGAUUAAGCAAUUGCGUUGUUGGUACUGACGUUUUGCGUUUUGUAUCCAAUCAUAAUUGAAUGAAAAGCCGGCUCAUAUCAUCUGAAGAGCAAUUCUUUCAAUUCAAAUUGUUAUCAGUUUUAGGCAAUUUCUUGUGGUAUUCUGAUAAAGCAACGUCUGUUCAUGGUGACAAAGUUAAUACUUGAAUUGACAAAACAGCUUCCUAGUUCCUCUCUUUUUUCUUCUUUCCAGACUUAACAAAGUACUUUCAACAGUAUUGUAUGUUUUAGGGGACCCUGGGACAGGGACAGGGACAUGUUUGAGGAUUUCAUGUUUUGUCACAAUCACAACCUAUUUGGAGGAGACCCAAAUGAUGUUGUGCCUAACCGCCCUACCCAACAACUGAUAUAUCAUUCCUCAAAGAAAAGUAUUA